AUGGCUACCUAUGAGCCAGAUGUGGUGGGAGGUUGUCAGAUCAGCCUUCCAGAGCCCAGUGCCCUGCAGGAGGAAUCGCCUGCCUGCCUGCCCGGCGAGUGUUUUCCAAGAGCGCUGGGGGCCCCUUCGAAUCCGGAGCCCCAGAGCUGUUCAAAGUUCUUCCCAACGCCCCUCCCCAAGGCUUCCUCCCGCGCAGAACCCGAGCCACCCCCAUCUGGCACUACAGGAGGACGCGCACCCCAUCUCCAGCGUCCUCGCCCCGCCGCCCACUCGCGCUCGUGCUGCUCCCCGGCCUUGCAGUCUGCGCUGCCCGGACCCCAGCAGCCCCGCGGCCCCGGCGUCGCGUCAACCGCCUCGGCAGCUGCAGCGGCGAGGCCGGCAGAGGGCGCUGCGGCCCGGGCGGCGCAGGGGGCGCGGGCCGGGAGGGGGCGCCCGGGCUCGGCGUGUGCGUCUCCCCGCGGCCAGGAGGGGUGCGCGCCCGUGCCGCCCCGCGCCGCCCGCCCGGCCGCCGUCACCGCGGACGAAGCUCCGAGCUCGGGCUGGGCGGCCCCGGCCCCGGCCCCGGCGUCUCUUUGUCCGGGCGAGGCGGGCAGCGCCGAGGCGGCCCCGGCCCGGCCCCGGGUCCCCGCGCUCGGAGCAGCGCGCCCGGGCGGGGCCGCGAGGCGGGCGCGGGCCGGGCCGGCGGGGGCGGCGCCGCAUGUCCAGGUGCGGGCGCCCUGGCGCUGCACCUGCGCCCUCGGCCGGCGCCCGCCAGUUUGCGCGCUCGCGGCCGCGGUCCGGACCGCGGUCGGGGGAACUCCCGCCGGGGAGCAGCGGCGGGCGGCGGCGGCCGUGGCGGCCGGGACGCGUGACUCCGCGCGGGCAGCGCCGGAUCCUGAGCGUCGCGCUCGGCCCCGCCUGGCCCGGGCGAGCGGGUCCCGGCGCGGGGCGGCGGCCGCGGGCGCAGGUGCGGAGAGUUGGGGGCCCCCGGCGCUGGCGGCCGCUGUCGUCAGAGCGCUUUUCCUGCUGCGCACAUCACCUGCUCGGCGCAGACGUCGCCGCUCUCGGGCACCUGCGCGGGCUGCCGGGCUGCACACCGCCGUUCACGUGGCAGGUCUCAUGGAUUAAUUUGCUCUCAUUCACCAGAAGCCUAACAGAUAAAAUCUUUGUGCUGUGUAUCAGAGAGUGCUUUUGAAGAUGAUUAAAGCCAUGUGGCAGUGUGCCCUUUCUAGAGGAGGACAAGCAGCUUGAGG